GAGAGAGGGAGAGAGAGAGAGAGAGAGAGAGAGAGAGAGAGAGAGAGAGAGAGAGAACGUUGAGGGUAAUGCACCAUGCAGACACCAGCGGAUUGAUCUCUCCACUACGCACGUAGGAAGAUUCGGAAGAGGAGAGCGCGUUGAAAUCGGGAGAGUUAAAACCGUGUCCUUCACACGCACAGGAGGAUGAAAUACAUUUUCAUUAAUAUUUAGCCAAGUCUCCAAACUUGAUCUUGAGUGCAGAGCAGAGUCCAGCUGCCAUUCAUCCUCACAGGAAUGGUGGAUCACUUACCGCUUGGUGAAGAGACCUUCCUGUACUGUACUAGCUUAUCGGAGUGUGAACACGACAGCCUCCGUUGCGAUGCCAGCGAAGGGCUGUCCCGAGCCAUCAUGGUGACCGACGCCUGCGUCUACCACCCUUACCAAGGGGUGUCCUCUUCACCGGGGCUCUCUGAGGACGACCUCAGCAUCUCCUCAAGCCCUCGAUCGUCGCUCUGCUCCAGCCCAGAUGCCUCGUCGCCCAAAUCCCACGCCCACGCGAGCUCCAGCUAUGAGAGCAGAAGCUCUUCUGGAGGCGAGAGUCAAGACAGCCUGCUGGACCUCCUUCUCACGCAGGGAAUGAACAACUCGAUAAGCUCCAACAUCGGCAACAGCACCUUGCUCUCCUCCCCACCUUCUUCAUCUUCCACCACCCCACUUUUGCCCAUGGGCCUCGCUUGGGAGUCAAAGAGGGACCAGCGGUUGGGUCUGCUCCAGCACCAAGCCAAAGAGAACUAUUGCGAGUUCCCGAUUUUCCUGGAUGAGCUACAGGAUCCUGCGGCGCUCCUCUUUCAGCCCACUCUGGAAGAGAUUGAAGAGUUCCUGGAAGAGAACAUGGUGGUAGCGAUGGAGAAGGAAGACGAGGGAAGCGAUGAGGCAAUGUCGCCGACGCCAGAGUUCUCUGAGGCCGAAAGGGCCAAAACGAUACCCCGAGAGGUCUCGCAGAACUCAGAUCAGACUGUACCCGUGGCCCAUUCUCCGCUGUCCUCCCACAGAGAGAACAAACAAACACUAAAUACAUCAACAGUCGAUGCAAGCUCGAUAAAUUUGAGCUCCAGUUACAGUGAAGUCGAUGGAAUCAAACAGGAAGACUGUGGAUCACCGUCAGCCUCAGGAGAAAACACAGGUGCUGCUUCCAACGUGCCGGUUAUCUUACAAAUUCAGCCCGUCCAGAUCAAACAAGAGCCUCAAGCCUGCACCGUCUCCGAUGCUCAAAUGCAAGAAACUCAUUUGCAGAAAUCUCAACCGACGCAGGGUCCAUCGGAUAUCAAGAUUGCCCAGCUCCUGGUCAACAUCCAGGGCCAAACCUUUGCCUUGGUGCCUCAGCUGCUCUCCCCAGCAAGCAUUGCAUUUGCAAACAAAAAUUCCUCCAAAUUUGUUCGGAUCGCACCAGUGCCCAUAGCUGCCAAACCCACCGGGCUCGGAGAAGGCGGGUUAGGUAGCGGCUCAACCGCAGGGGUCCUCGCUGGAGGUCAGAGGUACCAGAAGAGUGCAGUGGCAGACCUUAUUAAAAUGCACAAGUGCUCUUUUCCGGGCUGUAAUAAGAUGUACACCAAAAGCAGCCACCUUAAAGCGCAUCUGAGGAGGCACACUGGAGAAAAGCCUUUUGCGUGCACAUGGCCUGGUUGUGGAUGGAGGUUCUCCCGAUCGGAUGAGCUGUCCCGACACCGGCGCUCCCACUCCGGAGUAAAACCAUAUCAGUGCAUUGUCUGCGAGAAGAAGUUUGCCCGCAGCGAUCACCUGUCAAAACACCUCAAAGUCCACCGUUUUCCACGAAGCAACAGGACAGGGCGCUCUGCAAACUGACCCCUUUGACCCCGCUCUGAAAGACUGACACUAAAGCGAGGGGCGGGCGCAUGUGAUGAAGGACAGAACAGAGGAGGACAUGGGGUUGGACUUGCGUGUUAAAAUGCGCAUGUGACGUACGUACUGUGAUCAUGUAAUGGGUGGCAAUGAAAUGACUGUAUAAGGUCGACACAAAUGUUACUUGACACAACCCUCACAAGUGGAAUAAGCUUCUUGUACAGGACAACUUUAUUUUGUCUCACUCGCUUUUGGAACUAAUCAAAAUGGAAUAGCAUUAUGGUAUUCAGAGUAUUUUUAUAUUUUUGUGUCCAAAGAGCCUACAAAAGUUGCAUCGUAUGAAAAAAAUGAAGUGAUUCUUUGAUGCCUUUUGGAGCCUAAUGUUGCCACACAGGAUCAAGCAAAACAGUUGUUAUAUUUUAAUGUGCUGGACAUUUUAUUGUUGUGCUUUGUGAAUAAUGGUGGCCUUGGUUUAAUUAGUCCCCUGCCAAGAAAAGGGACUACUCUGGAUUUGAUUCGAGUCAAGCUUUUAGCCCGUGCUUCAUAACUGAGCUUCUAACGCUCAAGUCAAAACAACCAAGCAAUUGGUUUGGAAUAAUCUCUUCCAGACAUUGUUGGAACCAAUUCAAACUGUUAUUGCUGGUCUAUGUCAAAGCUGCAACCCUACACACGCUACAACCUUUGCCUGUUAAGUAAAAGUCAAUGUCUUCUGGAUUGACCCACCACAGAGAAGAGUGUUGGCAACAGCCUCGACAAAUGUAAAUGAUUAAAAAAUGGCCAAGUAUUUAAAAUGAGGCUUCAAAAUCGUUCAAAAUAACGUUUUUGAAAGAAGUCAAGCUCUUGCCUCCGCUCUCGAAUGCUGUGGACCACUGAAUUUGCUGAAAUCACGCCCCACUCAACUGUGAACUGUCAAUCAAAUACGAGAACUAUGACCUGUGAAAAUGGAAGCUACUUCCUCCAGUAUCCUUCCUAUGCUUACACAUAACUUCACGAACCGUGAAAAUAUAGAUGCUCGAAGCCUCUGGUGGAAAGAAUAUAUCCCACGAAGUUGGCACAGGUCGUUGUCACGGGGUGUUUCCACGCUGUGACAACCAGGAUGUAUUUUUGGGGGUGUAGGUAUAGCUUACUAGCUAACUGCAUGUUGCCAAUGUGCCAUAUAUCCGCUGAAAUGGAUUAAAGCAGGUGGUGGGUGGGUCAAUGAAUGUGGCAUCCAAGCUACUGAUUCCUGUUGUAGCCAAGGCCAAAAUAAUCCGGAAAACUGAAAUGGUCAAUAUCAGUUAAAUGCCCCAGUUGAGCACUGCUUAGUUUUAGUUUUUCAUAUUUUCAGCCUUUUUUACAUGUAUGACGCAUUUGGAAACAUGCAACAUUUCGACACUCGACUGGUCACAACUCUCAACCGGGUCGUCCUCAAACUGGAAUUCCAGGUCAAAGUCAAAGCGAGAACCCUAACAAUGUUCAACAAUAUUGUACAGACAACCUCGGAGGUUGUUUGUUUGUGUUUCUUCUCAACAGCAUACCAGUAACAUAUUCCCACCACUUUUUUUCACAUGUUUAAUAGUGAUUUUGAAUAUCUUUCCCCAAAGGUAUCCGGGACAAGCGUUUUUUUAAUUUUGGCAGCAUACCAGUCAUACCCUCCACCCUUAUUUUCCUGAAACUCGAAUCCUUUGUCCACUUCGAAGCAAGAAACCAGUUGAUUUUGAAUGAUAGCUUACAAACUGAGGUACCUAGCAUAUCUUUCUUUUUUGGCAAUGUAACAAUCACAGCUUUCGACUGGUUGUAUUCAUAAUAAGAGGUCAAUAUCGAAGCAUGGCUAUUCCAUUAUAUUUAUCAGUCGAUCGCCAGAGGUGUGACUGUGCCGAAAUCUGUCACAUCUGAACAUGUUCCGUUUCGGCACAGUCUCAACUUCAAAUUGAUGGUGUCCUCAAACGUCAGAUCCAAGACGCCGCAGUUUAGCUCUUUGCUAGUCAGUGAAGAUGUUGCGGGUGACACACUGCUGCUUCUUUUCUGCUUCUUAUUCCAUACACGGAAGAGUAAACGCCGCAUCGACAUUCCUUUGAGUUCGGAAUACGUUUCCUGGUUGAAAUUAAUAUGAAAAUAAGAACAUUGUAUACGGAUAAUGCUUUCCGCUGAAAUCAUGACACUGUAUAAUUUGCAGCGGCAUGCAAGACAUUUUUGGUUGUCUGCCCUCCCUGAAUAUUUUGAGAACUGCCGUGUUGUUGUUGUAUUGUGGUCAAUCUCGAUUCAGAUCUCAGCAAUGCCUUCGUUGCCUCAUCUGGUCUCAAUGUCGACUCUCUGACUUUUUUGUCAUUUAUGGCAAACGAAUCAAAUGUGGGUGCUGGUUUUUGUGUCUGUGUUUCAGUUCACAAUUAUUAAUUGGCUCUGUUAGAAGUGAGCCAUUUCGUAAAACGUUCAUGUCCCUUUAAUUUAUCCUGUCACAGAUGUGAAAGAAGUCGUACAGUAACUUGCCAAUGGACACAUUGUUGAGCGUGCCAAACAAACUUGGAUCUUCUCUGGUGAAAUCAAAUCCCUAUAUUAUUCACACGACUUAACAACAGUUUGAUUUCAUGACAGAUUUAAUAUUUUAUAUUUCAAAUGAAAUAAAUGAUUUCUAAUA